UAUGUAUUGUUCAGUGAGUGCCGUACUUCUAAUUCUAAGAAUCACCUACGAUGUAGCAUUCGUACUAGUACGAAGUAUAGUUACUCAAUGGAUGUAGUAACAUCGUUGACUGAACCUUGGUAUCAAUCACUAUAUCAGUCAACGUUUCCGAAUUCGCGCCACUGCUUUGCUCAUGCAUUUAGAAUCUACUGUCAAUCACGGUGCAGGCUAUUAUUCUAGGGAAUUAUAGCUCGGGGACGGUGCUCUUCAAAUCGGAUUUUUCAGGAUUCAAACAAGAAUUUGUAAAGUCGUAGUUCAUUAUGCCGUUGAGUGAUUAUCACUGUGCGCUUUUGCAAGCCGUGAUGAAUCGCGGAGCUGUGAAUUCUGCAGAUGCAAGAGAACUGAUUGAAAGGUUAUUUGAGAAACCUGAAAGUACCCAAAGCUACAUGUAUGAUAUAAAUAUCGAACUUGACGACUGUGACAUGAUGAUCAAACAAGUUACCUGUGAAAUCACUGGUCAAAAGUAUUGGAUAUUAAUUACUACAUUGUUGGACAACGGCGCCAGGUUCCAGACUGAAUUUUCGCCUGCACAGUUGGAAUUGAUGAGGAAAAUCCUGUCAGCAAUAAUAACAUCUGAUGAUGGUAGCGUUCCUAGUACCUUAUGCUUGAAUUUAUGCUCCAGACUAGAGUCCAAAAUGUCGAAGGCAGAUGCAGAAGAUUUUCUAGAAUCUAUGGUACAGAAGAUGUGGUUGGCCCGGAAGAGUGGGCAGUUCUAUAUGGGUGUACGCAGUAUAGCAGAGUUAAUUCCGUAUUUCAAGGCAACGUAUAACGACCAGGUCUUCAACAUGUGUGCCCUUUGCCGUCAAACAGUUUUCCAUGGAAAACGAUGCACCCACUGCAACGAAGUCUUGCAUCUACUCUGCUAUGUUACUUGUGCAAGAGUACAAAGUUCGCCCAAGUGCCCUAGUUGCAGUAACAUCAUGACAGUAGAAGAUAUGGAUGAACUGGCAGACUUCCCCGAACCUGAUGAGUUGGAUGCUCCAGUUGUAAGUUCACCUGCAAAGGCUGCAGCAGGUGGUAGCUCGGGACCAACGAAUUCAGACUCGGGAAAUAAUCGAUCAAUGAGGAAGAGGUUUUCAUGAAAAGGAACUGGUUCUGAUUGAUGUUUGAAGUUCUUUUCCAGUACAAUUUUUCACAUACGAAACAUGUUAUUACGUCAGACAAUGUACCUACCUAAGUGUUUUCAAUAUUUCAUAAUAAAAAAAUAUAAAAAUGCUUUGAGAUC